UUCUGAGCUCUAAUCUGCGUUCUAGUUUCGGUCUCAUGGACUCUGGCUGCAAAACUUGCAGCUCUGCGACACCUAGACCCUUAAGUGGCUCGGUAGCCUCAACCGCUCCCAAACCUCUUUGCUCCUGUUGCUAUGACGACUGGGCCAGUGGCCGGAAGCGAGGCCUACUUCGCCCCGCCCGUCCGCCUCCCGGUAGCUGUACCUCACCCCAGGCCAGAGUGCUGUGUUGUGGAAAACUGGAGAGCAAGACAAGCCCCUUAAGCCUCAAGGAACCUCAUCUCACUAGCAAGAUGCAACAUAUUCCAAUGAAAUAGAAAUGGUGUCACUGACUGCUUGCCUGGUGAAAGGGUCUUCACUGUCAUUCUCCACUGUUUGACAUGAUGGGACCAAGCCAGCCAGCAUCCACCUGUGUUCACGUGGCAUCCUGUACCCAAGAAGGUGGGACAAAUGACCCCAGGAAACUUCAGACUCAGAACCAGCUGCAGUUUAAUAGGAGUGUUCCUGCACAUCCAAGCAACUUGGCAGUUCAGUAUUCUUGUCCACAUGGAAUUAGAAUUGAAAAACUGAAGCACUCAUAUAAUGAAUCACGUUAUAAGGACUCAGAUUUUAGAGUUGGCCCUGACCUAAGCAGUUCUGUUCCAUUUUCUGUAAUAUCAGAAGAGAAACUUAGCUAUGCGGUUCACCUUGCCAAAAGAGAUAUAAAACGAAGACAAUUUGAAGAACAUUAUCUCAGAAGCCAGCCCUCAAAUUCUCAGAAAUGUAGACAUACCAAGCAUAAAAUAUCUGACCACGGGACUGAACGGAAAGACCCAAAGAAUCAAGAAAUCCACCGGUGCAGCCACCAGCCGUCUGAAGUAGGACUUUCCAGCUCAGGUGCCAAAGUGUACGUGUACACGUCUCAUCAUGGACAGUCAGCUCUUACCAUGCCAAAUUCGCCACCUACUCAUGACCCAGGACCACAUCCACAGCCCAAGAUAGGUGACCACAAAAGUUCAUGUGAGCAGAAAAGCCUAUUAGAAGUUCAGCGACUCCAGAAAGAAUUGAGCAGUUGUAUCCAAAAAAUUGAAGAGGUAACUAAAAAAGAUAGACUAGAAGAAGCUUUGGAUCCAGAGGAAGAGCAGCGGGUCCGUGUCAGGAGACAGGAGCAGACUGUUCGCUGUGCCCGGAUGCUUUAUGUCCUCCAGCAACAGGUAAAAGAAAUCCAGGAAGAAUUGGAUAAAUUGAGUCCAAAUAAAAUUAAACACACCAAGAAGUCAUGGGCAAUGUCUAGGCUGGCGACUGCCCAUCGAGGAGCCAUUCGGGCCUUGCAGAUGUUUGUCACUCAGUUUACUGACCGAGGGGAGCACCCAAUUCCUGCUCGGUGUAGGGAACUGGGCAGCCUUAUUCGUCAGCUUUCACUUUGCUCUGCCAAGCUGGAUGCCAAUCCUUCCAUCCCUGAUGUGGUUAUAGAUAUCCUGCAACAAAUUGAGGCUUUGGAAUCUCUUCUGGAAAAGAAACUGUCACCAAAAAAGGUAAAGAAAUGUUUCAGUGAAAUUCAGAGCCAGUUUCCUGUUGGCAGUCAAAAGGCAAUAGAAAAAUGGCCAAGGACAUUCCCAAAGAGCGAGAGGCCUGUCUUAGUAGCAAAGGAGACAUUUCCACGGGAAGCACAUCGACCUUCAGUGGCAAGGAAGCUUCUGGUUGAUAAGCGUCAGCCUGAUACAGAGCUUCCAGUGACGGCGAGGUUGGAGAGUGAGCUUGAUGGCUUAGAUGUGGGUAUCCUUAUGGAGGAAGCCCCACUUGUCCUAGACCAAACUACAAACUUCAAAGAAGAGGCAUUGGCCCUGGCAAAAGCAGGCGCAGCAAAGAAGAAGUCUAAAACUGAGAACGUGCUGUUUAGAAAAAAAGAUAUUCUGGAGCCAGCAGGAUCGCAGCAAGGAUUGCACAAAGCUGAAAUAAGUAGACCAGGCCAACCUCACAGCAGGAACAGGUUGCAUCAGACAACAGUGUCAUCCAGGUUAAAAAUGAACCGACAGCCUGUGAGAGACCACAGGGCUCCCUGGAUACCCCCACACCCCACCUCCCCACCAGCAUCUCCUAAAUGCGCUGCCUGGCUAAAGGUGAAGCGCAGCCCCCGAAAUGCUGCAAAAGAAGAGUGUCUCCACCAGGAAGGUGUCUCAGAGGAAGGCCAGCCAACGGGUGCCACAGAGCAGGAGGCGGCCAGGCUUGCUUGGCUUGAUGCCAAAUCUUCCAAAGGAUCGAAGGAACUAGAAGAUUUAAAAGCCAGAGAAAUGGACAGAAUGCAAAGACAGAGGCUCGACUGGCUUGAUGCUGAGACUAGCAGAAGAACGAAGGAAUUGAACAAACUAAAAAGUGAAGAAAUGGAUCGACUCCACAAAUUAAGUGUCUCUGCCACCCAGUUAGCAGACAAGGUAGAGGCGGCAGUUCUGGAGCGUUUGAAGCCCCUCUUGGUCAAGGCCCAGAGAGUUAAUUCUUCUGUGGAAGCAGAUAUGCCUUUGAAGGAUCGUCCGUCAUCGGACACGGCAGCCCGGCCUGCAGAGCAGGAUACAGCAGCUAAUUCUGAAAGCAACAAUCUUCAUCCGCCGAAUAACUUUUUGGAAGAUGCUGCUCAUGAGCUCUGGGCUGUGACUCAUGAUAAGAUCUUGGGGUCAGAAAACUUAGACACCCUAUGGGGCGGCAAGAACAGCCCGAAUCUGGAGACCAUGAUGCUCCGAAUGGAGGAAAUGGAAAAAUACCAGGAGACAGUUCGCCAAAGAUACAGUAAAAUUGUAUACACGGAUCCUCAUUUAUGGAUGCAGGAAGAAAGAAAUGAUCAGAAAACCCCAGCAGUAAGUGAAAGGCCUCUGCCGCCUCCUCUGAUCAAGAUCACAAAGACAGCAGUUCACAAGGAUCCAGCCAUUAACAUCGUGUUAGAAAAGCCCUGCAAUGCCGAUUCCCUGGAUGAAAGUGUAGAGACAGAGAGAUCAGAGAGGAGAGAGACUCCGCUUCCCUCCUUUGCAGAAGACUCCUUGCAGAGAGAAGGCCGGGCUUCCCUGUUUGUCCCACCCAGCAUGCAGCACAGUAUUAGCGACUACUGUAGCCGAUUUGAGCAGUACCUCCGGAUUAUAUCUCAUGAGGCUGUAGGCUCCUUCAACCCAUGGCUGAUAGCUGAAAGCUUUUCCGAAGAGCUGCUGGAUGAAUCCCUAGGCUUCGUGGCUGCGGAACUUCAGGAUGCGUGUGAAGACUAUGCCGAAGCUGUGUUCACCUCAGAAUUCCUGGAGGCUGCUGCGUAAAGCCUGUCACCACGUGGCUCUUUGUGUCACACUGGAGAAGGGACACACCACUCUGUGCUGAGCCUCCGCUGUCUGUCCAGGCCCAAGCUGCUGCUGCGCUGUAUCGUUCCUGUGUCUUUCCUUGCCGCAGCAGUGCCUCUGGGAGCCUGCAGUGGGAUGUGCUCUGUUUCCGUGCCCAGGAAAGUGGAUCACUCAUGACAAUGGGAUACUUGGAAAAUGUAGUUUUCCUAUUGAAACACUACAUUUGGUUCCUCUGGCUCAGACUGCUGAUCAGAAUGCUUCGCAAGGUCAUAGAUAAACAUGUUUCAUCAGGAUCAAAGGUGCUAUAGAAUCUCAGGGGCAUCAACGUCCAAUUCAGUUGCAGGUACUGUCCAGUCCCGGUACCUGGCUCUUGGUUUCCGCCUUUGGCUGUGUCCUGUCAGGUCAGCUGUCCCCUCUGGGUUGCAGAUGCGCAGCUGGUCCGGCAGGCAAACCUGUGCACCAAGCAGCUGGAAGCCGGGACCCACUAGUGCACAGUGUCAGACACAGUUGCUAAAGGUCUAGUCCCCAAAUGACUUUUCACAUGUUCAGGUCCUCAAAGUCUUAUUGCUGUGGGCUGACAUUCUGGGAUCAAAAUCUUUCUCAAAGUUCAGAGAAAGAUAAAGAAUGCUGGGGGAGGACCAGGCCUUCCCUUUACCCAGUAGAGGGAUAAGCCCACUCCGUCCCCCAGGGAUUGUUUUCUCACCACAAAGGAGCCCCCCAUGAGAGAAGGGUGGCACUGGGUGGCGAGGAGACCUACAGGUAUCUCCAGAGGAAGGAAAACACCUGAGAGCCACAACAGCUCCAACGUCUUACAGACCACGGUACCUUCUGCCUCUGUUUUUAGAAACUGAAUUCAGAAAAAGAAUAUGCACAAAAAUAAGGUCCCUACCUGGAAAAAGCUUCCCUUAACUGUUUGCCCCAGGCUUGCAGAGAAAUGUGAGGACAGACUGAGAGACAGGCCCCAGGGGCAGUAGGAAUCUUGUUCUGACACGCAGUGUUGUCAUUUAGGAUUGUUUCUAAAAGAAAGGUACUCAGGUGAGUCUGCAGACUACUUGAUUGUAUGUAUUUGUGCAAAAUUGAUUUGUAUUUAAUGUUAACGUUUUCCUGCUUAAUUUUAUAUAACUUCAGAAUGCAAAGAGCGUUAAGAGAAUUAUAGGUCUCUAAAUUGGAGAGUUAAACGUGAGUACUUGAGCUGAGAAGAGACCUGUGAUUAGUAGUGUAAAGUAAUUUGUGUGGCAGUUCUUACUGUGCUGAUUUUUUAAAAAAUAAAUUCAAUAUUUUAAAAUACA